AUGAACGACCGUUUAUCGUCAAAUCAACUUCAACUUGAAGUACUUGCGAAUGAACUCUUUCUCGAAAUUUUUCAAUACAUUGAUCCCAUCGAUCUGCGUAGUUUCAAAGGUCUCAACAAACGAAUAAAUUGUAUUAUUCAAGCUCUGAAAGUGAAUUUUGUUGUACAAUGUCAAGAGAAAGAUGAAUUCAAUUAUUUAUCGAUUUUCACUCCAGCACAAAUAGUUUGUUUGAAAAUACGUAACUACUGUUUGUCAUUGAAUUUGAAUACGAUGACUGAACUACGUUCACUUACACUUGAUUGCACUUAUCUUUCAAAAGAACAACUAGAUCAGGUAACGAAAAUCAGACUACUUCGUUUACAACGACUCUCAAUUGAAAAUGUAAUGCAUGAUUUACAAGCACCUUUACUGGAUGCUAUUUUUCGUGGUGAACAUUUUCCAUUACUUGAAAUAUGUCAAAUCAAAUUGAGAUAUCAUUACAAUUUGGAAAACAAUGAUAGUGAAUCAUUACUAAAUAAUGUACUCCGUUCUCUUGCUAUUAACACAUGGAAUUGGUCCAAACUAGGUUGGCUUCUACAUCAACUACCUAAUUUACGUCGAUUUGAAACAAAUUUUGCAGAAUCGUAUGAUUCAAUGAUAAAUUAUAUUCAACCUCAUCUAUUAAUCAGGCAUUUAAAAGUUACUCUCAACGAUCCUUUGUAUGAUUUAGAGAAGUUUCUUAAAUGGACACCCAAUCUCACUCGACUACGUAUCCGAGGAAAAAUCAGAGACAAUGAUGUACUCAAACAUUUUGAGAAAAUGGCUGAAUUCUUACCGAUGAUUGUUCCUCAUCUACAAUAUUUCGAUUGUGAGCUUUAUUGUUAUACUGAUGACAAUGAAGCACAUGAUCUAAUUAUACGACAGCUUCAUCCACUUUUCAACAAAAUACGAUGUCUUUUGGGACGAGCUCAAAAUAAAUGCUAUGCCACAGAUAUUAUGAUAUAUCCACUUGACAAUGAAUAUGAAUGUGAGUAUUUUCAUCGUGUAGUAAUUGAAACGGAUAUGUAUCGAAUAAAACGCUUUUCUAAAAAUGCAUUUGAAUGCGUUUAA